AUGAAGCGCUCAGUCACUCUAAUUAGUCUGCUGAUGUUGAUUUUAUAUGAUGGAGGAUAUGCGCAGGACGGCAAAGGAAUGAUCAAGCUUGACCGGAUCAUAUGCGUCACAGCAAAGGAUGAGUCGCGAAAUAAAUUUCAUUAUAUUGCUUGUAAUCGCUUCCCAAAAGCAAGAAUCUUCCCAUUCUGUGUUUAUAUCGUGGUUCCAUCAACUACAAAAAGCCCUCCGUCUACUCAUUAUGGUUGCAUGUAUGCAGAAGAAUUACCACAGAAAUGUAUCGACCAUGGACAAUCUUUCUUUCCCAGUGUUUCCCUCAAUUUCAAAGGGAAACAAAUACAAGGAGCUUUGUUGUGUUGCGAGGACGAUUACUGUAACGAAGUUGAUGAGCCAGUUUUUUCGCAAGUUCGACUCGCUGAAGAAUCAGAAAGAGAAUUUAAACACGCUCUACCGUAUCUCAUCGUACUUCUACUAGUUACCAUAACUAUUGUGCCAAUAAUGACUAGUCACUUGGAAGACCGACGCAAGGAAAGUCUUAAACGAGCCGAAAGAGCGCAAUUUAUCGACCAGCUGCCAAAUGCUCUUCCAUUAUUAGAAAUAAACAAGUACUUUUCGAUCAGUCCUAACUUUUCGUCGCUCCGUAGACUACACGACACGCUGCGCUACUUUAACCAAGCUUACAAAUUUCCGGUGAAUGAAACCAUCGAAGACCAAGAGGCAAAUAUGUUUUUAGAAGUUCAUACUACACAGCAAGAUGCGACCGUCACUAAAAGAGUUCGUCCAUGGCCAUAUGAGUUCGAUUUUGAUCCAACUGAGGUAGGAGAUCUAUUUGACUCAGUGGCACAGUUGCUUGCCAGAGAACCCAGUCUACUCCAACUGGCUUCAGAUGUCUGGAUAUAUGGAAAUAUUGAUGGGAGCUAUGCCACCGUUUAUCGAUGGUUGCACUCAAAUGGAUGGCCUCCAAAGAGGAAAGUUCUGUUUUUGGGCGGCUAUACAGCAGAUGGAAAAUAUUAUUCGUUAGAAACAAUAACACUGUUGUUUGCACUGAAGAAACAAAUGCCCAAUCAUGUCUAUCUACUACGCGGCGCUUCGGAGGUUUACCCUCUCGACAUCGAGGGCCGUUUCUCUCGUCGAGUCACGCUAUGCCUAGCAGGAGUAAUCCAGCGUGCUUGUGGCUAUCUACCUCUUGCGGCUACCGUUGCUGACACAAUAUUCUGCUGCCACGGCGGGAUUACACCGAGAAUGACCAAACUUAGCGACAUUAUGGACAUUCGUCGACCUAUUCACCAUGUACGCAAAGGGACCGUUGCAGCUGAUUUGAUUUUUAGUGUAGUAAGUAAAACUUCAGGACUCAUACCUGGUGCUCGUGGCCGUCGUUUCAAUCCAAUGUGUGAUGAGACCGAGCAGGUGCUGAGAUCUCUUGGGAUGGAAAUGUUGAUAAGAAGCCGAAAUCCUGUAAAACAAGGCUAUCAGUCUUUUGGCGCUAGAACUAUCUCUAUCUGGUCUGCACCCGGUGAAUCAAACUGCAAAGCUGGAGCGGCAAUACAUGUCAACUGCUCAAAGGUUCUCACUAUCGUGAAGAUGUGCGAGUUUGGCACAUUUACAAAGGAACAGAUCGCUACCGCUCAGUACGAUCAAGCAACUGAGGCACAGUUACCGAUGAACUUGGAUAGAGAGAGAAGGAGAAGGAAAGAAAGAAGAGGACAUUCUAGAGACAAGGAAAAGAGAGAUGAAGAGAAGGCUUCAAACAAGUCUACCUAG